AACAUCUUUUUUAUUUUCAAUAGGAAGGGAAAGGGAACAAACUUCGGUUUUCAGGUUUCAUCAACUAGCAAAAACAUGCUGGUAUUUUUUGUGAAGCAGCAUUUCCCACCAGCUUUAACUUGGCAGUUCAUUAGCUAAUUGGGCUUCUCAUAUUGGCAUGCCUCUGGCUAUUAAGAGGAUUGUUUGACCACUUAAGUUUGAAGGGAAACAAGAUCUUGAUUGUUCCUUUAAAUUUAUCCACUCUAGAUUCUAUUCAUAGUGGUCAAAUAAAUUAUCUAUGUAAAAUAUAUAUGUUCAAAGUAGUGGUCGACCAAUAUGGGUUUUUUAAUGGCCAAUGCCAAUAUCCAGAGAGCAGGGUGACUGAUACAAUGCCGAUAUAUCAUACAAUUUAAUAUAUUAAAUAACGUAAGCAUGAAAUUGCUAAAAAAAAUAAACUCUUAUUUAGCACUAUAUUUACUCAAAUUCAUGCAAAACUUUAAAUUUGUAAAAAUUUUAAAUGGUAGCUAGCAGUUUCUUCUGAUUUCUGUUUAGUCAUCAAAGUUUUGUAAUUUAUUUGCACAUGAAGAAAUCGGAAGAAGGAAAUAACAGUACACCACACAGUAGUCCAGCAACCAUGGAUGGCAUGCCCACAUUAGCAAUUCCAUUUUCUCAAAAAAUACUGAGUCAAACCAAUUGUGCCUACAGUGCAAAGUGAAUAAGACAUUUACUUAUAGCACACGUGAAGCGCUUUUACUUUGAAGAUGCACUCACGUGCUCGUGUGGAUCUGGCGUGAGCAGCAGCAAUCUCCUGACAGAUUAAACGGCCUGGAUCGCCUACUUGGAUUGUCAUGGACUGACCAUCAUGAUUUGUGAAUCAGAGGAGUUUUGUGAGGUCAGUUUAAGCUGUUGGAGCAGGACAGGGACAUUAAAGAGCCUGUGCAGUACUUCAACAGCGUGGAAGAGGUGGCCAAAGCAUUCCCUGAACGAGUGUAUGUCAUGGAGGAAAUAACCUUCAAUGUCAAGAUGGCAUCAGGAGAGUCCAAUGAGGACACAGAAGUGUACAACAUCACGCUGAGCACAGGGGAUGAGCUGACACUCAUGGGUCAGGCUGAGAUCCUCUAUGCCAAAACAUCACGAGAAAAAUCCCGCUUUAACACUAUCUUCAAGCGAAUCGGGAAACUAAAUUCCAUUAGUAAGCUUGGACGCGGAAAGAUGCCAUGCCUUAUCUGCAUGAACCACCGCACCAAUGAGAGCAUCAGCCUGCCUUUCCAGUGCCGAGGGCGCUUCAGUACCUGCUCCCCACUGGAGCUGCAAAUGCAGGAAGGAGAACACACCAUUCGCACAAUUGCGGAGAAGACCAGGUUACCUGUGAAUGUCAUGGUGCCUAGCAGCCCACCACGUAAUCCACAUGACCUCCAUUUGAUCCGCGAAGGCCACCGAUAUAAGCUGGUCAACAUCCAGACCAAGACAGUGGUCGUGUGUUGUGCGUUACGUUCAAACAAAAUACUGCCUGUACACUUCCCUUUGCACGUGUCCACAGCACUGCCCUGUUUACUGGUACCUGAAGGGCUGCUUCAGGGAGAGGCCUGGCUGGAGACAGUGGUCCACCGCUGGUUUACUUAUUGCCAGGAGCAGUUUGAUAUUGACGACUACUCUAGGGCGGUCCGUGAUGUGCGGGUGGACUGGAUUGAGGAUAGCAAGAGCCCGAAAAAAAGUAGCAUUGUUGAAACUGGAAGUGGCAGCAUGGUCUGCAACAGUAGUGGAAGUGGGAGCAAUGGCUGCCCCUCACAUGUGCAUUUGCCAAGUUCUCUAAGCUCAGCCCGAGAUGAGCUCACACAGUCAUUUCACCGACUGUCUGUCUGUGUUUAUGGCAACAAUCUCCAUGGCAACAGCGAGGUGAACCUUCAGAGUUGCGUUAGUUUAUAUGGAGAUUGUGUGCCGCCAGAGCCACCGGAUGCAGAUUAUCUGUUCCCUGAGCUGCUAGAGAGUUCUUCAGGCUCACUUAAACCAGAUGUGCCAUAUGAGGAGCUUUGGUUGGACCAUGUGAAGAACCCUGGAUUGGAGCUUGAUCACACUGAGGGUGUCCGAGGAAACCCUACAGUCUCCAGCUGCACGACUGUACUGGCAUACCCAACAGCAGGUCCCACAAGCGCCCUCCUCAGUGCAGAUGUCAGUCUACCUCCACCUCCGGUGCCUCCAAAGUCUGAAGCUGUGAAGGAGGAGUGCCGGCUGUUGAAUGCGCCGCCGAUUCCACCAAGGAGCUCCAAACAACAGGCAGGCUCCAGCAGUGCCACGGUGCCAUACACUCCUGCAAAGCCACGUCAGACAGAAACCCGCUCCCCAAGCCCAACACUUUCCUAUUACUCAUCUGGCCUACGCAACAUAGGUGGAGAGGGUGAGUCUCCAAGUGAGACAGAUGAUCAGAACCAUGCAUGUUACCCAUGUAACUGGAUCAAACCAGAUGCCAGUGAAGUCUCCAAGCCUGUCCUUUGCCUCAGUCCUUCCAUCGAUGCCUCUUUCUCGCGGCUUUCCUGGCCAAAUGAUUUCUGCGGGGCUGACUCGUAUAAAGGUGAGGACUUCCCGUCAGUCCACUGUCGGAGUUACUCGAGCUAUCCUCGGAAGAAGACCCCUGGUACUCCUAAGGUUUGUCCCUCAGGCCUCUUUGACUUUGAUAGGUGUGUGAAUUUUGAAGGGAGCACUGCAAACUCAAAGGUACAACAGGUUUCUCAGCCUGCCCAGUUUUGCACCAAAUCUACCAGCUACACCAUGGAAAUGUACAGAGACAAACCCACAGAGGAAUGUAACACUAAGCAAAGCCAGUCCUGCCCUAUCUUGCCUCCAAGAACCCCCAAAUCUAACGAUACAAAGAAAGAUGCAGACCCCACUACAGCCAUGGCCAAUGUUGAUGCCAUGGAACUGGAGUCCAAAAGCUGCUCAUUUGAAAGACCACAUCAAAGCACUACAGAUGUGUUCUCAAUCUCCUAUCCUAUAGCCGCAGGCCUGUCAUGGCAACCACCAAAAAACCUAUCAGGUCUCUCCAUUGAGGAAGUUUCAAAGUCACUACGGUUCAUUGGUCUGUCAGAUGAUGUUGUUACUUUGUUUGUGCAAGAAAAAAUUGAUGGAAAUUUGCUCCUGCAGCUAACAGAGGAGAUUUUGUCAGAAGACUUUAAGCUAAGCAAACUUCAAGUGAAGAAACUCAUGCAGUUUAUUAAUGGCUGGAGGCCCAAAAUGUAAGGUUGAACAAGCAAGCCAAUCUAGAGCAAAACAUGCAAUGCGCUGCAGUGGCAGUCACAAAUAUAGGCCUUUAGUAUUGCAAUUGACUGUUUUGUAUCUAAAUGCUAUGCACAGUCUUGCAAUGUUUUUAAUAGCCUUUGUUUAAUAUAUACAUGUAUAUAAAUGUAUAUAUAUAUAUGUGUGUGUGUGUUGCUUUGUGUAUUAACCUGUACCCAUCUCUAUGUAAUCUCUCUGUUACCUUACGGUACCUGCACAAUGGACUUUUUUGCUCAAACCCAAAGCCUUUUAAAAAUCUGAAUAUAUAUAUUUUGACCCAGUCCAACUGUGGCCUAAGUUUCCUUGGUAGUUGAUCAAUAAAGACGAUUGACUUCAA